AUGACUUCUAAGCUGCCAUCCGUUUUGGACGCUACGGAGGAGGACAUCAGCCUCCUUCUGGCCGCUCAGACCCACAUUGGUGGUAAGCAGGUGGAGAAGGCUAUGCUGCCUUACGUCUACAAGCGCAGAGCAGAUGGUGAGUCGUGCGGCAAACGAGCAGCCUGGUCAAAGCAGGGACAGCAGCAUGAUAAGCUUGACGGGAGAAGUUGGGCUGGCCCGCCGCGCAAGACUGGAUCCAUUGACGUGGUAGGAGAUUGGAGCAGAGAGUGCUGCUGGUGCUGCUGGUCGCAUCAAGGCCAGAAGUUCGGCGCAUACACUGGCUUUCAAACGCCAUGCUGACACUGUCCAACGUCUCGACUCAUUGACAGGUAUUCACCUGCUCAACCUCGGCAAGACCUGGGAGAAGAUCGUCUUCGCUGCUCGUAUCCUCGCUGCCAUUGAGAACCCAGCGGACAUUGUGGUGCUCUCUGGUCGUCAAUACGGACACCGAGCUGUGCUCAAGUUCGCAUCCAACACUGGUGCUACUGCCAUUGCCGGUCGUUUCACUCCCGGUUCCUUCACCAACUACAUCACCCGAUCGUUCAAGGAGCCCAGAAUCAUCGUGGUGACUGACCCUCGCGUCGACCACCAAGCUAUUCGCGAGGCUUCUUACGUCAACAUUCCCGUCAUUGCUCUGUGCGACACGGAUGCUCCUUUGCGUCACGUCGACGUUGCCAUUCCAGGUAACAACAAGUCCAAGCACUCUGUCGGUCUUCUCUGGUGGUUGUUGGCUCGCGAAAUCCUGCGUCUUCGCGGAACCAUCCCUCGCACUCCUGACGGUUGGGGAGUCAUGGUGGACAUGUUCUUCUACCGCGACCCUCAAGAGAUUGAGCAAGAGGCCAACGAAGCUGCGGCUGCUUUGGCAGAGAAGAAUGCUCCAAUCGAGACGGUCGGAGACCAAGAAGUCGACUUGGGAGGCGUUGGACCCAGCUCCAUCGCACUCACUGCUGCUCAGGGCGGUGCACCUGCUGGAGAAAAGGUAGACUGGGCCGCUGAUGGCGAUGCGCAAGACUGGGCCGCUGACGGCGCUGCCGCUGGUGGUCAGCAAACUUCCGGCUGGGACUAA